AUAACCCGUAUAGUAUUAUCCUCCAAACUAAAAUUAUAAUCCUCAAUUUCCUCAACCAGUUGGAUAAAAUAUGCCGCCUCAAUUUUAAUAUUCUUAGUAAUAAUUAUAAGAAUAACCAAUUAUUACAUAUUAAUAAUAACCCGUGACUAUGUAAAAUUAAUAAGUUUAACAAUAAAAGUUAUAAUAACCUUUAUAACCUGUACAAGUUGUAGUCCAAAAUGUAAAAAAAACAAAAUAUAAUUAUAUAUAUUAAAAAGGUAUAAGCUAAUAUUCCUUAAACAGCAAACGGAAUUUAACAUUAAACAAGAAUAAAAUGCCCUGCUUGUACUAAAGAAAUUACAACAAUGACAUAAUAUAAAGCUGGUUAACAUACUUAUAUAUGCUGUUUUAUUUACUAUUUACAACAGGAUGUUGUUGUAUACCUUUUUGUUGUAACAAUUGCUAGGAUGUUAUUCAUACUUGCCCUAGUUGCAAUGCAAAUGUAGGUAGUUACGAAUAUAAAAUUAUGUGAGAAAUAAUAUUAGUAUUUAUAUAUGUUAUUGAAAAUAUUAAAUUUUAAGUUUCUAAUUUAU